GCUCAGCAUAUUGACAUAAUUGCAAAUCCCUCAUUCUCCCGGCUCUGUCGUUACAAACACCCCAACUUUCAUGACUCCUGAGUGCUGAAUCUGCCCUUAUGCUGCUGAGCUUCUACUUCAAUGGCCUUCUGCUCGUGGGCUGCCUUCUGUCCUGGGGAAGAUCAGAUACAGAAGGACAAUGCCAUACCUUUACAGAUCUCAACAUACACAACGCCAUUAUUGGGACAGGGCUGAAAGUGCAGUUACUUCUUUAUACCAGAGAAAAUCCGAACUGCGCCCAAGAUUUAAAUGAAGACAACUCCACCGGCUUCCAGUAUCUGAACGUUACGAGGAAGACCGUUUUUAUUAUCCAUGGCUACAGGCCGACAGGGUCCCCACCAGUUUGGAUAGACGAUAUUGUCAAGAAGUUUCUUGAUAUCCAGGAUUUCAAUGUCAUCGUAGUGGACUGGAACCGCGGAGCCACGACUGUCCUGUACCACAAUGCUGCGGCCAAUACUAGAAAAGUUGCAGAUAUUUUAAAAAGACUUAUCGACAACAUGCUGAGCCAAGGGGCGACGCUUGAUUCUGUCUACAUGGUCGGAGUCAGCCUUGGUGCGCAUAUAUCUGGAUUUGUCGGCAAAAUGUACAAUGGCUCUAUUGGAAGAAUUACAGGCCUUGAUCCGGCAGGACCACUGUUUAAUGGGAAGCCCCCAGAAGAAAGAUUGCACUAUACUGAUGCCCAGUUUGUGGAUGUGGUUCAUACAGACAUUGACGGGCUGGGCUACAAGGAGAGUUUGGGACACAUCGAUUUCUACCCUAAUGGAGGAACUGACCAGCCUGGCUGCCCAAAGACAAUAUUAGCUGGGUCUGAAUAUUUUAAGUGUGAUCACCAGCGAUCUGUGUAUCUGUACAUCUCCUCCCUAAAGAAAAACUGUGACCUUGUCGGUUUUCCUUGUAAAAGCUACAGAGACUACCGGAUUGGAAACUGCACUGACUGCAAGGAAUUCCUGCCCCUGUCCUGCCCAGUUCUAGGGUUUUACGCUGAUAAGUGGAAAGAUCAUCUAGUGGAGAAGAAUCCUCCGGGGACAAAAGCUUUCUUUGACACAGCAGCUAAGGAUCCAUUUUGUAAAUUUCAUUAUUAUCUGGACUUUAUGACCUGGAGCAGCCAAACCAAAAGGGGCUAUAUCACCAUUAAACUGAAGUCUCUUGAUGGGAAUGUGACCGAGUCAAAGCUGGACAAGGACCAUGCAACGUUUCAACAAUAUAAAGAAACGAGUCUGCUGGCAAAAUUUGAUCAAGAUUUGGACCAAAUAUCCAAAAUAUCUGUCACCUUUACAACUGGAUCGAUCAUAGGCCCCAAGUAUAAACUGAGAGUUUUGAGAAUGAGGCUGAGACCGCUGACGAACAGAGACAGACCCAUACUGUGUCGCUAUGAUUUUGUGCUACUGGAAAACAUAGAGAUGGAAUUUAUUCCAAUUCCCUGUGAAGACACAAACCUGUAAUUUGGGAAAAAAGAAACCUCUGAACCUGACCGAUCACUGUUCAUCUUAUAACAUGUGCUUAAUUGCUUGAAGAGCCAUAUACCCAAUUAGAGAUCACUGGUAACAAAUAGGACAUGUCGCCCUUGCAUAUUUUUGGGGAAUCUCCCAAAUAUUUACCCCUGACUUGGGCAGAACAGGCAUGGCCAAAAUGUAUGCUGGCAUACUGAAGGCUGCAGCGGGCAAUGUAUAGUAGAGUUAUGGUAUCUGACUUAUUAUGAGGCUUAUUAAGGGCCUUGCUCUUCAGAAACUAUGAAGUAGACAUAGCAACAGGCAGCAGAUAACCUCUUAUAGUACAUUCCUAGAGUACAGUGCAGUGUAAGCAAGGCCAUAAAAUAGUCUAAACUGAAGGAGUUCACUUUUUAAUUUUACAAUGUGAAUGUCUAAUCACUGUAUAUAAAAUGAAAAAGUUGUAUCUUUUGCAUAAUUAUUGGCUGGCGAGUCCUCCUGCGUUUUGAUUUAGGUUCUUCAGUAUGUUCCUUGUAAAGAGGAACCGUUGUUUCUCCGACAGGUCUGCUGCAUAGUUCUCCCAGCUGAUUCAAAUGGGGGAAUCCGACGUUUGAUGGCGAUACUGUGACUGUAAUUAGUAGUGAUGUGUGGGUUUGACCCGAAACCUGAGUGUCUUGCGGGUUGACCAACUGGGUGGGUUUGGGUUAGGGAUGCACCGAAUCCAGGAUUUGGUUCGGGAUUCGGCCAGGAUUUGGCCUUUUUCAGCAGGAUUCGGCCGAAUCUGAAUUUGCAUAUGUAAAUUAGGGGGCGUAGGGAAAUCAUGUGACUUUUCAUCUGAAAAGAAGCAUUUUUUCCACUUUUCCCUUUCCUGCCCUUAAUUUGCAUUUGCAAAUUAGGAUUCUGAUUGGUAUAUGGCCAAAGAUUCAGUGCAUCCCUAGUUUGGGUUGACAUUUGGCCAACCAUUGUGGGUUAGAGUAGGGUGCGGAUCAGACUGGGGAAGUAAACUCUUCCACUGCUCCCGAAGAUUCCCUGUUUUGGAAGCAGAGAACAGAUGUAGUGUACAGAGUGAGAUGACGUGAAUAUGGUUGUGUGCGGUUCAUACAAUUUUGAAGGUUAGGGUCGGGUGUGGAUUAAGGUUUUGUGGGUUAGGUUGGUGCGGGUUGAGUUUCUUCUGACCCACACAUCAUUAAUAGUUUUAAUUUAGUCACUUGCAGUUCCUCAUCUCGCCCCUCAUGAGAGAAGCAUCACCCAGAAACAGGAGAAUCCCUCAUUUGACAGUUGGUAGAAUUCAACCUCAUAUUUAUUUUAAGAUAGAUGGGUAUAAAACUUAUUUAAUGGAGAACCACCUGAACCUGUAGGAGAUGCAUAAAGUUAAAUGAAAAUGUGAACACUUUACUUAAUCAUGGGCAUUUAUCUAUAUCUUUAUUAUAUAUAAUUGCUGAAAUUUUUACUAUUUAUAUAUAUCUGUGAUUGCCAAUGAUGAAGUUCUAAGAAAUGUGAAUAACUGUAUAACAUGAUAUUUGUAUAGUUUUGUAUAAAAUAAAUUAUUCAUGUUGAAUAGGUAA